GGAAUGCAAGAUGGGGCGGCCACUGUGGAAAACAGUCUGGCAGGUCCUCAGAAAUGUUACCACGUGACCCAGCGAUGUCACUCCUAGGUAUAUACCCAGGGGGAUUGAAAACACAAUACAUACACACACACACAAUCUGUACACAGUGUUCAUAGCAACACUCUUCAUAAGAACCAAAAUAUAGAACCAAUCUAAUGUUCGUCAAUUGAUGAAAGGAUAAGCAAAAAAUGGUAACACGGUGGAAUGUUAUUGAGCCAUAAAAAGGAAUGAAGUACUGAUAUAUAUGCUACAACAUGGGUGAAUCUUGAAAAUAGUACACUAGUUGAAAGAAGCCAGACACAAAAGGCCACAUAUUCCACUUAUAUGACACAACCAGAAUAGGCAAAUCUGAAAGACAAACUAGAUGAGUGUUUGCCAGGGGAAGGGGGAAUGGGGAAAUGACUUCUAAUGGGUAUGGGGUUUCUUCUCGGGUGAUGAAAAUGCUCUGAUAUUAGACACUGGUGAUGGUUGCACCUUUAUGCCAAUACGUGAAAAACCGCUGAAUUCUACACUUAAAAACGGUGGAUUUUAUGGUAUGUGAGUUAUACCUCAAUAAAGCUGUUAUUUGAACCUCCAGCUCUGAGGGCUGACGUGGGGCUUUAGUCAUAGGUCACACACAGCCAAAACCAGCUUGGGACACAUGCCUGGGAUCUAGAAUCAUGAAGCCAGGUACCCCUCUGUGGAUGGUCUGUCUACUGUUAUUUUAAUAAAGGCAGCAUCACGCUUUUUUUCCAAAUAGAGGAGUCCCUUGGCUUACUAUCCGGGGUGUGUGUGGGGGCGGGCGGGGGCUGGGUGCAGCAAAACGGGAUCUCACAGCUUUGGGAAGAUUCCUAAUGAACGAAGAAAAGAGGUGGUGAGCUCAUGAGUGGAUGGAUCCCUUCCCGUCGCUCCCAUCCCCACGGAACCCCGAGAAAGCCAGUUUUUUUCUCACCCACCUCCGGUAUUGGGUGCUGGUUGCCAGCCUGGAGGCCCAUAUGGGAGCUCCCUAGCCCAAGGACCCACUUAAAACCAAGGCAGAAGUAACAGGUGUGAACACCUCUGCCCAGCCCUUAGCCUCCGGCCUUACUCUGUCUGAGAUGCCAACCCUGCUAUCUUUCUGCCCCCUCAGGCCCACCCACACCCCAUCCCCAUCCCCAGACUGUGGUAGGAAUGAAGAACAGAAGGAGGUAGUAGAUGCCACUUGCUGUCCCCUGGACCCUGAACUUUUCUGUUUAAACCCAUGACGACCAAUCGCCCAGUCAACAGAUUCCCACUGAGCCAGCUCUGUGCCCAGCCCUUCCUGGGUGCUGAGGACACAAGAAAGGCAGAAACCUCCGGUGUGGCUGGGACACAGAUGCCAAGUAGGCACAGGCCCGGCAGGGGCUCAGGGAGCUGCAGGUUACACCACAGGAUGGGUGAGCUUCUUGGAGGUGACUUCUGAGCUGACUGAGCUUUGUAACAGGAUGAACAAGAAUGCUUCCCACCAUCCACCCCCCCAGUCAUCAGGGCCCGUGGCUUCCAUAGCCCCUUUUCCCCCUCAAGGCACAGAUGGCCUUAUAUUGUCACUGCCCACUUAGGAUCUGUCUCCUCCUGUCCCCUUAAGGACAGAUCCAUCUCCAUAUCCCUAGAAUUGCCCAGAAAAGGGUGGGCAGAGAGCCUCUGUUGAAUAAAGGGGUGGAGCGGGGUACAGGAAGGCAGGGGGCCAUGUAGGGACAAAAGCCUGAAGGCCUCUUGUGCUUGGGAGGGUCCUCCUCCCCCUCGCAGCCUGGUUUCCCCUUUGUGGUUUCUCCAGCUCCACCCUCUCAGCCCCUCCACCUUGAUCUGCAUAGCUUCCUGCCCCUGACACUCUGGUCUGCAGCAUCAUGUCCCUAACUGUCCAUCUCUCCCAUCUCCUGGCCCUGUUGGUGGCAGGCCUGGCCCAAGGCAUCGAGGGCUCCCUCAGGGGCCAGGACCCAGGUCCCCAGCCUCUGGAGCUGAAAGAGGUCUUCACGUUGUUCCAGAUCCGAUACAACCGGAGCUACUCACACCCAGCAGAGCAUGCUCGCCGCCUGGACAUCUUUGCCCGAAACCUGGCCAAGGCUCAGCAGCUGCAAGAGGAGGACUUGGGCACAGCUGAGUUUGGGGUGACUCCAUUCAGUGACCUCACAGAGGAGGAGUUUGGCCAGCUUUAUGGGCAUCAGAGGGUGGCUGGAGAGGCCCCCAGUGUGAGCCAAAAGGUAGGGUCUGAAGAGUGGGGGCAGUCAGUGCCCCCGACCUGUGACUGGCGGAAGGAGGCUGGCAUCAUCUCAUCCAUCAGGAAUCAGGUAUCUGCCCCCUUGCGGCCUGGCCCAAUCCAGCCCUGGGGGCGGGAGGGGGAGGAGAGGGGCAAGGCCUGCAUUCCCUUCCCCCACCCCCAUCCUUCUACCACUAGCAAAACUGCAACUGUUGCUGGGCCAUGGCAGCAGCGGGCAACAUCGAGGCCCUGUGGGCCAUCAAAUACCAUCAGUCUCUGGAAGUCUCCGUGCAAGGUGUGGCUGGGGGAGGGGACCUGUGUGACUGAGACGGGGGUGCCUGGGGCCCGGGCACCCACACGGUCCCUGCUCGCACCAGAGCUGCUCGACUGUGACCGCUGUGGGAAUGGCUGCAAGGGCGGCUUCGUCUGGGAUGCGUUCCUAACUGUCCUCAACAACAGUGGCCUGGCCAGUGACAAGGACUACCCAUUCAAGGGGAACAGCAAACCCCACAGAUGCCUGGCUAAGAAGCACAAGAAGGUGGCAUGGAUCCAGGAUUUCAUCAUGCUGCAGCCCUGCGAGCAGAGUACGGGCAGGAUGGAGACACAUGGGUGGGCCCGGGGGGAGAAUGACAGGGACAGACAGACCAGGACAGACGGGGCUACAGACAGAGAUGGAGGGAUUUGGGGGCGGGGGGUUGGGCGUGGGAAAGAGAAAGAGACAGAGACACCCAUGAGCCGAGAGCAGGGGGCACAGGACAGGCAGGGCCCUGACGGCACCUUCCACCCCCCGCCCCCAGGCAUCGCCAGGUACUUGGCCACCCAAGGCCCCAUCACUGUGACCAUCAACAUGAAGCUACUGCAGCAAUACCAGAAGGGUGUGAUCAAGGCCACACCAACCACCUGUGACCCCCAGCUUGUGGAUCAUUCUGUCCUGCUGGUGGGUUUUGGUAAAAGCAAGUCGGCGGAGGGGAGGCAGGCAGAGGCGGUCUCAUCCUGGUCUCAUCCUCAUCCUCGCUACUCCAUCCCAUACUGGAUCCUGAAGAACUCCUGGGGGGCCAACUGGGGUGAGGAGGGCUAUUUCCGGCUGCACCGAGGGAGUAAUACCUGCGGCAUCACCAAGUACCCAUUCACUGCCAGACUGGACAAACCCGUUAAGAAACACCAAGUCUCCUGCCCUCCCUGAGCCCACCUGGCUGCCCCUCAGCUCUCUCCUGCUGUGCCAGCUACCUCCCUGCCCACCUCACCCCAAGGUUUUUGCCUAUUCUCUCAGUCUCUCUGCUAUGGAUUGAAUAAACCUAGACGAGACCCCUGUCUUCGGAGUGGACUCAGCUGGGGUGGGGAAAUGGAUGGGGAGUACAUAGAUACCAUUCUCUGACACGUCUUAGUCCCUGCGGGGCCAACGGACACAUACAUCCUUAGACACUGUGACAC